AUGGACAAUAUUUCAUAUUUUACAAUACUCAGUCUCUCAGAACCAAAUGCAGUCAAGUCAGUUAAACAUAUAUAUUUUGCUUUCUGUCUAAUUUUGUAUAUUUUGAUAAUUUCAUGUAACCUGAUUUUGAUAAUCAUAAUCAUCCUGGAGAAAACCCUCCAUGAGCCCAUGUACAUAUUCCUGUGUAAUCUGUGUAUUAACGGACUUUAUGGAACUGCUGGUUUUUACCCUAAAUUUCUGUCUGAUUUAAUUUCUGACUCUCAUUUGACUUCUUACAGUGGAUGUUCUCUGCAAGCUUUUGUGAUUUACUCCUCUGUUAUGUGUGAGUUUACAACAUUAUCAGUGAUGGCAUAUGACAGGUAUGUGGCAAUAUGCAGGCCAUUAGACUAUCACUCUGUUAUGACAAACAGCACUCUUGUAAAAUUGCUUGUGUUCUCCUGGCUUUGUCCUACUUUUUGUAUGGGUACUGCAAUUAUUUUAACUAGCCGGUUGCGAUUAUGUGGUUCCCACAUUGACAAACUCUAUUGUGAUAAUUGGUCAAUGGUGAAGCUGUCUUGUGAACCCACAAUCAUUAAUAAUCUUUUUGGAAUCAUUGUUAUCCUUAUGUAUGUUUUCCUUGUAAUUCUCAUUAUUUGUUCUUAUAGUAAAUUGAUUGUUGAUUGCAUGAAAUCCAUUGAAAGCAAAAACAAAUUUCUGCAUACCUGUUUGCCUCAUCUGCUCUCCUUAUUAAAUUUCACAAUUGCUCUACUUUUUGACACAAUGUACACACGAUUUGGAUCAAUGGAUCUCCCACAGACUCUACGUGAUUUCUUGGCUUUAGAAUUUCUGGUAAUUCCACCUGUUUUCAAUCCUUUUAUUUAUGGGUUAAAAUUGACUGAAGUUCGUAAAAGAGCACUGAGAGCAUUAAUAAAUUUCAAAGCAGCAAAUUCUCUUUAA